AUGUCGUCGGGUUCUUCUCUUUCACUCUUUGAUCAAGAACAAUCCGUCUACGAAGCCGACCUCGAAACCACGCUCUUAAUAGCCCAGCUUGCACAGCAAGACCUCGAAGAACUCACCUCUGCGUGUAAAGGUAAAGGCCGGGCUGACAAGCCGCGCUCGGACCAUGAGAUAGCCCUUGAAAUUCAGAAUGAACAACUGAAUGAGUGGCGCACGUUUCUGGAGGACGCUAAACUGGCAAGAAGCAUCGGCGCUGCUCUUCAGACGGAUCAGAAUACUUUGAAUGCUUUUUCCAUUGUGGAGCAAGCAGCUGCGGAAGACCAUCGGGUCGCGGAGAUUCUGUCGCAGGGCGGUGAUUUGCCUGAGCCCACCCCGACGCAGAAAUUGCUUGAGGAUCCAGCGCUUUUUGUUGAACCUCCACCUCCCCACACUGUAGGAGCGUCGCCAAACCAAGUCGACAGGCAAGAUAGCACACAUAAAGGGAUAGGUGAAGCGGUGAUCAACCCGUCAACGAACAUCUCCCGAACCUCAACUGCUGGCCCCAGUAUUGAUCGGCACAAAAGGGUUGCCUGCACGGUCUGUAACGACUACAUCCGCCUUCAAGAGUGCUUGCACACAUCCUGCGAUCACUACUACUGCAGAGAUUGUGUUAUUUCCUUGGUCGAAGCUUUUACACGGGACGAAUCCCUUUUUCCGCUCCGAUGCUGUCAACAACCCAUUCCACCCGAACAAGCCUCCACCUUCCUCAAUGCUCGUCUCCGUUCUCUCUUCGAAGCCAAGCUACGUGAGUUCGGCACGCCCGCGCAAACUCGCGUUUACUGCGUCCUCCCAACCUGCUCCGCCUUCCUCGGAUCAUCAGAGGCCGUUGCAGCAUUCACCGCCAUCCGUUGCCCGCAAUGCCAAAGCCUGACGUGCUCUUCAUGCAGGCAAGCCGGGCAUGACGCAGGAGACUGUAGCGAGAACGCCGCAGUCAAAGAGCUCAAGGCACUCGCACUAGCCGAGCACUGGCAGACUUGCCCAGGGUGCCAUGCGAUCGUUGAACUGCAGCACGGGUGCUACCACAUGACGUGCAGGUGCCACACGCAGUUCUGUUACCUCUGCGCUGCGCCGUGGAAGAACUGCGGAUGCGAUCAGUGGGAUGAUCAGAGGUUGGUGGUCGCGGCUGAGCGGAGGGUGGAGAAUGAGGUGGGGGCGGCUGUCAGGGUAGAGCAACCGCUCGUGUUCCAGGAGCUGGUGCAGGAGAGGGCUCGGACGUUGCAGGUGAAUCAUGAUUGUGUCAUGCAUUCUUGGAAGAGCCGUCAUGGAGGAACAUGUGAGGAAUGUCAACAGUAUCUUCCCCUCUUUUUGAAGAUCUGUAGGAACUGUUCUCUUUCUGUAUGCAGACGUUGCGCCUUAAAUCGUCUCUAA